ACCAUGACAAAAUGUUUAAGAUGAGUGAAAAGAUCUUACUCCUGUGUGUUGGGGAGGCUGGAGACACUGUACAGUUUGCAGAAUACAUCCAGAAAAAUGUUCAGCUCUACAAAAUGAGAAAUGGUUAUGAAUUGUCUCCUACUGCAGCUGCAAACUUUACACGACGAAACCUAGCUGACUAUCUUCGGAGUCGAACCCCUUACCAUGUCAACCUUCUCCUGGCUGGCUAUGAUGACCACGAUGGUCCUGCCCUUUAUUACAUGGAUUACCUUGCGACUCUGGCUAAAGCUCCUUUUGCAGCACAUGGAUAUGGUGCAUUCCUUACCCUCAGCAUCCUUGACCGCUAUUACAAGCCAAGUAUCACACGUGAGGAAGCUGUGGAGCUCCUAAAAAAAUGUCUAGAGGAGCUUCAGAAACGCUUCAUCCUAAAUCUGGCUUCUUUCAAUGCCCGGUUCAUUGACAAAGAUGGCAUCCAUGAAGUGGACAAUAUACCCCUUCCAAAAGCGAUGUCCUAACCCCUGAGAUCUUUCUUCAGCAGUCUUCUUUUUUGUUCACUUUUGUUUUUUUCUAUUCGUUUGAAGCACACAAGUCAUGUACUGCACUGGGAGAUCGAAUAAAGAUUGACAUUUAUAUAGCCA